AUGCGCAUCCACGCGCGGGUGCACACGGGCGAACGCCCCUUCCGCUGCAACAUGUGCCCGAGCGCCUUCACCGACCCGAGCAACCUCAACCGCCACAAGCGCUGCCACACGGGCGAGCGACCCUUCAUGUGCCACCAGUGCAAGCAAAACUUCACCCAGAGCAGCAGUCUGCGGACUCACAUGCUGUAUAAACACGGGCACGAUGAGCUGUACCAGUUCUUUGAAGCUUGUCAACAGCAAUUUCAGCGACAUCAGCACUGCAGGGCCCCAGUGCUGGGCAAGAAGUUUCGAGAGCUGCUGAAAUCUGCUGUUCCCACAACUCUGGCCACAAAAAUAAAAGCACUGCACAGAAAGUACGAGCACAAGAACCACAACGCCGGUGGCGAUUGGAUCCAGUUUGUUCGGCCGAAGAAGUGGCAGCCAAAAGACGGCGAUGGGCGGAUCCAGAAUAUGCGCAAAGCUUGCCACUCUGAAUGCGUUGAAAUUGCUGCCCCUGAGCCACGGUGGUCGAUCUUUGAUGGACCUUCAUGUGUGAGCAAGGACAGACUUUGCAUGCCCUAA